UACCAGAAAAUAACCCGAUAAGAAAGAGUAUAAAGCAAAAUAAUUAGUCAAAGGCUUGAUAGAUGAGCUUAGUCAUCUUCAUCAUUUUCACAGAAACAGCACAAAUCACCAAUUCCCUUCAAAGUACCAUGUCAUUAACAUCUUUUUUUCCCAGUUUCUUUUACCCAAUUCUCUUCUUUAUAGGCGGCUUGCACACUUUGAACUGUAUAGAUGUGCGUUAUUGAUUGACCAUCAUCGUAAUUCGUAUGUGUGCAGUUUACAUGUUUUUAGAUAUCACGGCGGUCUCUCAUGCAAAUGACAAAAGGAUGUCGUCAUUACUACUCUUCAUUGGCAUCAAUCUUGCAAUCUGCCCAUCCAUUCUCGCCAUCGAAUUUCUCUUCAAUUCCUUCACUACCAACACCACCCCUCCCCUUAACCUCACCGACGAUGCCCGCCUUGAACCACCAGUGAUCCGUCUCACCAAUGACUCCAACCAGUUCGCCGUCGGCCGUGCUUUUUACCCAUAUCCAAUUCCCAUCAAAUCAACUUCCAAUUCCACUUCAGUUUCCUCCUCUUUCUCUACACAGUUCAUUUUCUCUGUACUUCCUGAUGAUUCAUCUAGUCCUGGCUUCGGCCUUGCUUUUGUUCUCUCUGAUUCCACUUCUCCACCUAAUGCUCUCGCUGGUCAAUACUUGGGACUUUUCUCUAACGCUACUGUUCACACGGUUGCGCCACUUCUCGCUAUCGAAUUUGAUACGGGUCGGAACCCGGAAUUCAAUGACCCGGAUAGGAACCAUAUCGGAAUUGACCUUAACAGUAUUGAGUCUGUUGUUACACAAACAGCUGGAUAUUAUAAUGGGAGUGAUUCUUUUGUCCCUUUGAAUAUGCGUACUGGGCAAAAUAUACAUGCCUGGGUUGAGCUCAAUGGACCUGAAUUCGAGAUUAAUGUUACUAUAGCUCCAGCUGGUAUGUCAAGGCCAGUUAGGACUUUGUUGAGUUAUAGCAAUCCUGUUAUUGCAAAUUACACGUCUGCACAGAUGUAUAUGGGGUUUUCUGCUUCGAAGACUCAAUGGGUUGAGGCGCAGAGACUUUUAGCUUGGAGUUUUAGUGAUUCAGGAGUUGCAAGGGAUAUUAAUACUACGAAUUUGCCGGUGUUUCAGCGGGAAAAUUCUCAGUCUUCGUUUUCUCCUGGUGCUAUUGCUGGGAUUGUUGUUGGUUCUGUGGUGGCUGUGUUGGUUUGUUUAUGUUUGUUGUAUUGGUUUUGGUGGCGUAAGAAGGAAGAAGAUGAUGUGAUUGAAGAUUGGGAACUUGAGUAUUGGCCUCAUAGAUUUUCUUACGAAGAGCUAAGCCAAGCUACAAAAGGGUUCUGUAAGGAUGAGCUACUGGGGGCUGGUGGAUUUGGUAAAGUAUACAAGGGAACACUAUCUAAUAAAACGGAAGUGGCAGUGAAAUGUGUGAGCCACAACUCGAGACAAGGAAUUAGGGAAUUCAUGGCAGAGAUAUCUACUAUCGGAAGGCUUCAACACAAGAAUUUAGUACAAAUGAGAGGGUGGUGUAGGAAGGGGAAUGAACUUAUGAUUGUGUAUGAUUACAUGCCUAAUGGGAGUUUGAAUAAAUGGAUAUUCGAUCAGCCGGAGAAGGUUAUGGAUUGGGAAGGUCGGAGGAAGGUCCUAGCUGAUGUCGCUGAGGGGUUGAACUAUUUGCAUUAUGGUUGGGAACAAGUAGUUGUACAUAGGGAUAUUAAAUCUAGCAAUGUGUUGUUAGAUAGUGAAAUGAGAGGGAGAUUGGGUGAUUUUGGGCUAGCAAAAUUGUAUACUCAUGGUGGUGUUCCUAAUACUACUAGGGUAGUAGGUACAUUAGGGUACUUGGCACCUGAAGUGGUGACCCGGGCUAACCCUAACUCCUCUAGUGAUGUUUAUAGUUUUGGGGUGGUGGUGUUGGAGGUGGCAUGUGGGCGAAGGCCGAUUAACACAGGGUUUGUGCCGGAAGAAGAGGAAGUGUUGAUUGAUUGGGUUAGACAAAAGUACAGGGAAGGGAGGUUAUGUGAGGCAGCAGAUGAUAGGAUUAAGUGGCAGUGUUCGGAGGAAGAAAUGGAAGCUAUAUUGAAACUAGGACUGACUUGUUGUCAUCCUGAUCCUCUCCGACGACCUACUAUGAGUGAGGUGGUUGCUCUAUUGCUUGGUGAGAAUGUGGAUGAAACGCCGAAUGAGUUGCUAGCUGAAUUAACACCUAGUAGAAGCAACAUGAGAGAUGGAAGCGACUGGUCAAGUGUAGAAUCCGAACCACUAUCGGCUGUGUAGAUAUUGUAUUUUUGUUUCCUUCAUUGUUGAAUCUUUUUGGUUAAGGAUUGGUUCUUUGUAUUCUUAAAAAUUAUGGAACUCUAGACUCAGCAUUAGUUGCAAAUAGUUGUGGAUAUGCAAUUAAAACUCGUGGAUAUGUCUAUAUACAUAUUAAGAUUA